AUGCUUCCAGCGGAAAUCCGCUUCACAAUCUACCAACACGUCCUCUCCCAACAGCACGACCACACCCGUCCCAUCGACAUCCACUCCAUCUCGCCCCUCUACCGCCCCCUCCACACCUAUCUCACCAAGAUCGACACAUCCUUAUUACUCACAUGCCGCCUCAUCUACGUGGAAGCCCAUCAGAUACCAUUACGGAGUGCGACGCAUCAUUUCAGAUAUCUGGGUAGUACGUCGUGGUUGUACAACGGCGACAUCUGGCUACACCACACCACCUCUCAGCGCGGCGCCUGCCUCUACCACCUCCACGACAACCUCGUCGCCCUGAAACCCUCCAAUUUCACUAAAUUCCUACUCAGCCAUCUGCACUGGCGCAGGAUAACCUGGACGAUAUGCGCAUACCUCCUCCCUCCCCUGCUCGCCGAACUAAAAGAACGCCAGCGCCUCGUUGAAACACUAGCAUCCCUCACACUCCCAUCUUCCUGCCAAGAAGUUAAUCUGGAAUUCGAGACUCGAGAAGAUUUGUUGCCGGAGUAG